AUGACCCAUUCAUCAAGACAUCGCUCAGACUCCCCAGGGAGCAGGCGGCUUUACGACCCCAUGCGUGCAUCCACGGGAACCGUGUCGACCGACGUAUACGCGUCUCCCACAAGUUAUCACAGCCAUGAUGGUCUUCUGUCAGCAAAAACCGCAGAACGACGAGGCGGGUUUUUUACAGCUGACACGCGAGACCAUGUGGAUGUUCGGCCAAUUUCAACGACUACCUAUCGGGAUGCCAACCAUGCCACAAAAUCCAGGACUGAAUACGCAGUUCGUCCCCGAAGCCAUACGGCCGUCGACUCUAAACGGAAUCCAUUAAGUCUAGUGAUCCCAUCUACAUCAAGUCGUUCUGGAGGCACAGUAUCCGCAUACGAUAGAUCCACAAGUCCCUUGCCUCCUCGGGCUUCAUAUAGUCGCGAAGACCCCGAGCGCUAUAUCACACCGUCAAGCUCAGGCCGUGCACAAAGGCGCGUCUACAGCUCGGACUAUACGAGCGAUAGUGGCUAUCUAGAACCUCCCGAUCAUGCCAGAGGACAUCGGGACCAGUCUUAUCGAAUUUAUCGUCCGGGAGGCGUAUCACACUACCCUGCCUACGGAGAUCCUAGAAAAUGGGACGACUCUAGAUACUACGAUGCGUACUCUUACACAAACGCACGAGAGACAUUCGAGAAGGAAUCAGCAGCACGGAGCUCACAGCGCACAUCCCGUCGCACAGGCCGUCCUUUAAGCAUGACAGCCACCGAAUUGGCUACUCAAUCUUCAUAUGGGAGAGACUCGCGGAGACCACCACCAUCCCAACGUGGAUUCGAUCGGCUCCCAGGUGAAGAUCGCCUUCGUAUAACCAGUGGCAGGGAUUACCCUGACAGUGAAAUAACCAAUCGAGAGACACGGAAACUCACCUACCCGCGUGCUCCCGUCCUCCACCAAGAUCGGGAAGAUGGAUACUACUCCUAUACAGACGACCAAAAAGACUCCCGGCGCCACCGCCACCGUCCUCGGCAUCGAGACUCCCUUAGACAUGCUGAGAAAUUGCUUACACCAGUAAUCACUGGGCUAGCAAGUCUCGGGCUAGCAAGCGGCUAUUCUGACGAUGGGCGAGACGCUGAGCGGUUUUCCAGAUCGGAGAAAUAUCGCUCUCGGGAAUCCGAAUACGGACAUGAUCGUGAUAAGGAUUAUGAUCGUGACCACAGAGAUAAGGGGAGAGACAAGGCAUUGCCAGGGGAUGAGCGUGAACGCCAAUAUCGUCAUCAUAGAGAGCGGUCUCAACGACGCGAUCACUCGUCAGACUACUCCAGCUCUGAAUUAGACACACGAACACCACGGAGGGAAAAGUCCUCUUCACGAAAACAUCAUGACUCUGGCGAUUCGGAUAAAGGUACCAAACAACGCAGCAAAGACGAGUCUUUGAAGGUCCGUAGCUCGCGUAGAGACGAUAUCUCUGAGGUAUUUAGCAGACGGUCUGUAGCUGAGGACGGAAGCGAAGAACGCCCACGCAAGCCGGUGACGGUGGAGCCACCUGUGGCAAAAGAACCAGAAGCACCACCCAAAAGUAUUCUGAAAGCACCUCGAGAAAAGUUUCCAGAAGAGGACAAUCCAAUCCGGGAAGGGGUAGCGCCACUGAAAGACGCACACAAAAAAGGCAUUCCACCUGGAGCACGAUGGACGAAAAUCGAUCGACGAUUAGUAAACCCGGCGGCGCUUGAACUCGGCCACGAGCGAUUCGAAGAGAGGUCAGAGUACGUGAUCGUACUGCGUGUGUUGACAAAAGAGGAAAUUCAGGCUUAUGCAGUGAAGACUCAAGAAAUUCGAGAUGAGCGCUACAAAGCUGCCAAGGAAGAGCGCCUUAAAGCUCGAGAAGAGAGACAUCGUAACGGCAAAAACGAUAGUUCUUCUUCUGAUGACGAGGAUGAGGAGGACGAACCAGCUCCGUUGGCAAUCGAGGGAGCCCCAGCAGAAGACGACUUUCCUGUUCCACGAGAUAAGGACCGGCUUACGAAUAAGCCAGUAGCAGAAGCGGCGAAGGCUCAGCGAUAA